AUGUGCAUGCGUGUUCAUGGCCACCUGGAACACAGCAGUGCUGGGGUCGCGCUUCGAGGAAAGCACCCUGGCCGCGUCCUGCGAGACCAGCGGAGGCUGAUCCUCAGCUUGCUCUGCCCUCCCUUGCCCUCCGCUCCCCCUCCGGCGGAUGACUCAGCCAGGGGCGGCGCCUGGGCUCCCCUCCUCCCCGACCCGCACUCCGAGGCUGGGCCGGGCGCACGCACUCCGCCUUUCCUCCCCGCAGGGAGGGCCCGACGGUCCGGAAAGAAGGAACUCUCAGCCACCAAGAAAGACCGCGUGAACCAUUGUCUGACAAUAUGUGAAAACAUAGUGGCACAGUCACUCAGAAAUUCUCCAGAAUUUCAGAAACUUCUGGGCAUCGCGAUGGAACUUUUUCUGCUGUGCAGUGAUGAUGCAGAGUCGGAUGUCCGGAUGGUGGCUGACGAGUGCCUCAACAGAGUCAUAAAAGCCCUGAUGGACUCCAAUCUUCCGAGGCUACAGUUAGAACUCUAUAAGGAAAUCAAAAAGAACGGUGCUCCCCGGAGCCUGCGCGCCGCCUUGUGGAGGUUUGCUGAACUGGCUCACCUGGUCCGGCCUCAGAAGUGCAGGCCUUACUUGGUAAACCUUUUGCCUUGCCUGACUCGAAUAAGCAAGAGACCUGAGGAAUCUGUUCAGGAGACCUUGGCUGCAGCUGUACCCAAAAUUAUGGCUUCUUUUGGCAAUUUUGCAAAUGACAAUGAAGUUAAGGUUCUCUUAAAGGCUUUCAUAGCAAAUCUGAAGUCAAGCUCCCCAACCAUUCGGCGGACGGCGGCUGGCUCAGCGGUGAGCAUAUGCCAGCACUCGAGAAGGACGCAGUAUUUUUAUAGCUGGCUACUAAAUGUGCUCUUAGGUUUGCUGGUCCCUGUUGAGGGUGAACAUUCUACCCUCCUGAUUCUUGGAGUGCUGCUCACACUGAGAUACCUGGUGCCCUUGUUGCAGCAGCAGGUCGAGGACACGAGCCUGAAAGGCAGCUUUGGGGUGACACGGAAAGAACUGGAAGUCUCCCCGUCGACAGAGCAGCUUAUCCAGGUAGGAGCCACGUGCUUUGCCCUGGUGCCUGUACAUAAAUGCGGCAGCAUUGUGGAGCUGCUAGCUGGAGGGGGUUCUUCAUGCAGCCCUGUCCUUUCAAGAAAACAAAAAGGGAAAGUGCUCUUCGGAGAAGCAGCGGCCUUGGAGGAUGACUCCGAGUCCAGGUCGGAGGGCAGCAGCCCCGCCUUCACAGCCUCAGUCAAGGGUGAGAUUGGUGGCGAGCUGGCUGCCUCUUCCGGGGUCUCCACUCCUGGCUCUGCCAGUUCAGCCACUGACUCCGUGGGCCACGACAUCAUCACUGAGCAGCCCCGGUCACAGCACACGCUACAGCCAGACUCGGUGGAUCUGACCGGCUGUGACCUGGCGAGCGCUGCCACCGACGGGGAUGAGGAGGACAUCCUGAGCCACAGCUCCAGCCAGAUCAGUGCCGUCCCGUCUGACCCGGCCAUGGACCUGAACGAUGGCACCCAGGCCUCCUCCCCAGUCAGCGACAGCUCCCAGACCACCACCGAGGGGCCUGAUUCGGCUGUGACCCCUUCAGACAGUUCUGAAAUUGUGUUAGAUGGUGCCGACAGCCAGUAUUCGGGGAUGCAGAUCGGACAGCCACAGGACGAGGAUGAGGAAGCCACGGGCAUUCUUCCGGAUGAAGACGUAGAUGCUUUCAGAAGCUCUUCAGUUGCCCUGCAGCAAGCACAUUUAUUGAAAAGUAUGGGCCACAGCAGGCAGCCCUCUGACAGCAGUAUAGAUAAAUUUGUCUCCAGAGAUGAAGCUGCCGAACCAGGAGAUCAAGAAAACAAGCCUUGCCGGAUCAAAGGUGACAUAGGACAGUCUACCGAUGACGAUUCUGUUCCUCUUGUCCAUUGUGUCCGCCUUCUAUCUGCUUCAUUUUUGCUGACUGGGGAAAAAAAUGUGCUGGUUCCGGACAGGGACGUGAGGGUCAGUGUGAAGGCGCUGGCACUCAGCUGUGUGGGGGCCGCUGUGGCCCUUCAUCCUGAGUCUUUCUUCAGCAAACUUUAUAAAGUACCUCUUGACACCAUGGAGUACCCUGAGGAGCAGUAUGUGUCAGACAUCCUGAACUACAUCGAUCACGGAGACCCCCAGGUCAGAGGAGCCACGGCCGUUCUCUGUGGGACCCUCAUCUCCUCCAUCCUCAGCAGGUCCCGCUUCCAAGUGGGAGACUGGAUGAGCACUAUCAGGGCCCUGACAGGAAAUACAUUUUCUCUGGCGGACUGCAUUCCUUUGCUGCAGAAAACUUUGAAGGAUGAAUCUUCUGUGACUUGCAAGUUGGCUUGUACAGCUGCGAGGCACUGUGUCAUGAGUCUCUGCAGCAGUAGCUAUAGCGAAUUGGGAUUGCAGCUGAUCACCGACAUGCUGACCUUGAGGGAUAGUUCCUACUGGCUGGUGAGGACAGAGCUUUUGGAAACUCUUGCAGAGAUUGACUUUAGGUUGGUGAGCUUUUUGGAGGCAAAAGCAGAAAACCUGCACAGAGGGGCGCAUCAUUACACAGGGCUUUUAAAACUGCAAGAACGAGUGCUGCAUGAUGUCGUCAUCUAUCUGCUCGGGGACGAGGACCCCAGGGUGCGGCACGUUGCCGCAGCAGCUUUGAUGAGGCUUGUCCCAAAGCUGUUCUACAAGUGCGACCAAGGACAAGCUGACCCUGUCGUGGCUGUGGCGAGAGAUCAAAGCAGUGUUUACCUGAAGCUCCUCAUGCACGAGACGCAGCCUCCAUCUCACUUCUCCGUCAGCACCAUCACCAGAAUAUACAGAGGCUAUAACUUACUGCCGAGCAUGACGGACGUCACUGUGGAAAACAACCUCUCCAGAGUCAUCGCGGCAGUUUCCCGUGAACUGGUCACGUCCACCACGCGCGCGCUCACAUUUGGAUGCUGCGAAGCUCUGUGUCUCCUUUCAACCACCUUUCCCGUCUGCAUUUGGAGUUUAGGUUGGCAUUGUGGGGUGCCCCCACUGAGCACUUCCGAUGAAUCGAGAAAGAGCUGUACUGUUGGCAUGGCCACAAUGAUCCUCACCUUGCUCUCAUCAGCUUGGUUCCCGCUGGAUCUCUCAGCCCAUCAGGAUGCUUUGGUUUUAGCCGGAAACUUGCUUGCAGCCAGUGCCCCCAAAUCUCUGAGAAGUUCCUGGACCUCCGAAGAAGAGGCCAACCCAACAGCUGCCAAGCAGGAAGAGGUCUGGCCAGCUCUGGGUGACCGGACCCUGGUGCCCAUGGUGGAACAGCUCUUCUCCCACCUGCUGAAGGUGAUUAAUAUCUGUGCUCACGUCUUGGACGAUGUGGCUCCGGGACCAGCAAUGAAGGCAGCCUUGCCAUCUCUGACAAACCCUCCUUCUUUAAGUCCCAUCCGACGAAAGGGAAAGGAGAAAGAACCCGGAGAGCCGGCCUCUGUGCCCUUGAGCCCCAAGAAAGGCAGUGAAGCCAGUCCAGCCUCUCGACAAUCUGAUGCCCCAGGGCCUGUUACAGCAAAUAAGUCCUCGUCGCUGGGGAGUUUCUGUCACCUUCCUUCGUACCUCAAAUUGCAUGACGUCCUGAAAGCUACUCACGCCAACUACAAGGUUACCUUGGAUCUUCAGAACAGCACUGAAAAGUUUGGGGGCUUUCUGCGCUCUGCCUUGGAUGUCCUCUCUCAGAUCCUAGAGCUGGCGACGCUGCAGGACAUCGGGAAGUGUGUUGAGGAGAUCCUAGGGUAUCUGAAAUCCUGUUUCAGUCGGGAACCAGUGAUGGCAACUGUUUGCGUUCAGCAGCUGUUGAAGACUCUCUUUGGGACAAACUUGGCCUCCCAGUUUGAUGGCUUAUCCUCCAACCCCAGCAAGUCUCAAGGCCGAGCGCAGCGUCUGGGCUCCUCCAGUGUGAGGCCAGGCUUGUACCACUACUGCUUCAUGGCUCCGUACACCCACUUCACCCAGGCCUUAGCCGACGCCAGCCUGAGGAACAUGGUGCAGGCGGAGCAGGACCACGACACUUCAGGGUGGUUUGACGUGCUUCAGAAGGUGUCCACCCAGCUGAAGACCAACCUCACGAGCGCCACAAAGAACCGCGCGGAUAAGAAUGCUAUUCAUAAUCACAUUCGCUUGUUCGAGCCUCUGGUUAUUAAAGCUUUGAAACAGUACACAACCACCACAUCCGUGCAGCUGCAGAGGCAGGUCCUGGACUUGCUGGCCCAGCUGGUGCAGUUACGGGUCAAUUACUGUCUUCUGGACUCGGACCAGGUGUUUAUUGGAUUUGUGCUGAAGCAGUUUGAAUACAUUGAAGUAGGCCAGUUCAGGUAAUGGCAUUUUGUUCUUUUAGAUUUUUUGUCCUUAUUACGCACUGACAUGUGAUUUUAGAUUAUUAAGAUGAACAUUUACUUUAAAGGAUUGUUAACACAUUUUUGCUAGAUAUUUUAAGUGGAACUCUGAUUAACACACUGUAUGUUUUUAUUUCUCUUAAAAAUGUGUUUCAAGACUUGUUUAGAAAUAGUCCUGCAUCUGGA